GGGAAAGUGAUUUUGGUGCUACACAGCCCUAUUUAAAUCCAGCUUGAGGGACAGAGAGAUGUUGAGGGAUUAACUGAAACUGUAGAGUUAAAGCCUAUCAUUAUUUUACAGGGUGAAACUUUUGGUGGGAUGUUGACUGGCUACUAGGAUACUUCUGGAACGGAAAGCAAGAGCCUUUCACACCCUCCUUUAUUCCAGGAAAAGCACUGUACUGAGGGCAUCAACAAGAGUGAAGCCACUUCUGAAUAUUUCUAGCUGUGCUGCUGUUGUAGGCGUUCAGCAUGGGGUGCCAACUCAGUAAGAAGAAAGGGUUCUGCAGGAUUUGUAAGAAAUGUAAGGACCAGAAGGCUGAAGGAGCUGCUGAGAUUAAUGAGACACAUGCUGUUGCACAUACCUCACAGGAGGCUUCUGAAUGCACCGAGAGCCAGCCUUUCACAGGGACUAGGAAAGACACUGAGCAAGCCACUGUUGAAGCACAGCCUAUGAGGUGUGAUGGGGUGCCUGCUGCACCCAGCUCACAGGAGACACCAGAAGACACUGAAGAAAUCCUGUCUGUUCUGCAGACUGUACAAGGCUAUGAAGCCCAGACUACUGCACAGAGCACAGGAAAGGCCUCCCAGGACACUGAUGCCCAGCCUGCUGCAGAGAUGGAGCAAGAGAUGGGAGAAGCUGAGCCUAAUACAAAAGUAACACAGAACAGGCAACCUGUUAAACAGGACUGGCAGCUGGCUUCAUGCAUUACAGAAGACUACAUAGAAGAUCGGCCUGCACUUGAGGCAAUGCAAGAAGCUGGUAAGAUGGACACUACUGUACAGACAACAGCGGAGAUUGUUGAGGUCCAACCUACUGCAGAGAACAUACAAGAGACUCCCCAAUACACUGGUGAAACCCAGCCUACUCUACAGACAGCUCAAGAAAGAGAGGUCCAGCCCGUAUCUGAGACUGAGCAAGAGACUGCUGAGAACCAGCCUGCUGUACAGAUCACUGAGGGGGCACAGGCUGCUGCAUGGGAUGCACUAAACACUGGUGAGGCUAAACCUACUACACAGAGCAUGCAAGAGAUCCCACAUCACCCUCUUGAAGCACGGUCUGCUAGAAAAAGACUGCAAGGAGCAAAAAUCCAGACUUCUGCACAGGCCACGGAAGGCACUGGGGAGACCCAACCUGCUUCAGAGACUGAGGUAUUACUUGCUGUAGAGUCUGAACAAGAGGCUGGUGAGACUCAGUCUGCUGGAAAGAGAACAGAAGAAACUGAGGCUUGGCCUGAUGCAGACAGAGUACAAGAGUCUAGGGCCCAUUCUGUUACACAGGACAGAGAGCCUGCUGCCCAGUGUCUGUCGGUUGCAUGCACCACAGAUGUGACUAAGCAGGCUGAACCUGCUUUGCAGACUGCACAAGAGGAGCAGAUCCAAACCACUGCAUGCAGUACAAGCGAAAGUUGGACUGUACAGGAUGCAGCUGAGGCCUACCCUGCUGCACAAACCAAAGAGCAAACUGGAGCCCAGCUUGUAGCAGAAGGUCCACUUGAGACCCAGCCAACUAUACAGACCAUAGAGGCUCCACAAGGUACUACUAAAAACAUGCAGAUUAUGGAAGACAUUAGUGUGGGCCCUGCAGAACCCAAGGCUUCUCAAGAGAGUCCACUGGAACCUGUGACCGUUCCUAUUAAACUAACAAUAGAAAAGACCCAGCCUACUGCGCAGGUCACACAAGAGAUGGAGACUCUACAUCCUGCACAGACCAAAGAAUUGAAGGAGAACCAGGGUCAGCAGAAUGAUGUGGAUUCCCAGUCCCCUAGUGAUCUUACAGGAUACAAGGAGAGACAGGGGAAUUCUGCAAUUCAAGAGGAGGAAGAUCAGGCACCUGAACUAGAGGUCACUGAGGUACCAAAACCAGAGCAGCAGCAGCUGAACGUGGAGCAACUGGCACCUCCUCAAGAAGAACUGCCAUUUUCUCAUGUCCCUGAAAAUCAUGUAGAAAAGUACCAGCUUUUGGACAGCUCUGUGCCCAAAGCAUGCAAGAGCAAAUGGGAAGAGGAGGCUGAAAAUGCUGAGACUCCCAUACCCUCAGAAACCCAAGGAUCUGAGGGUGAAAUGGCCCUAGCAUCAGACUCCACAGCUAGCAGUGACACUGCACUUGCUUCAGAGGAGCCCCAGGGAACAGAAGUAACUGACUCCAUGUCUGAGCCCUAUAGCCUAUGCAGAAGGACCUGUUGCACCUGAAGUUCCAGUAACUAAUUGUGAUUCAGCUGAAUCACAAUUAGAGUCAGAGUAAAAUGGACAAACUGAACACUGAUAUUUAAUGCCACUUCUCUCCAUUAAAUUCCUGCUCUUCAACCAUAAUUGCUCAAAACCAUUGUCCCACACAGUAAGGCUGGGAGGCAGAUAUCAAGCAUGCCACAGGGGAAAUGCCCAUAGUUUCUUAAUGUCUUGUAAAUUAUUAUGACUGUCCAAAUUUGCAGUGCAUCUUCCUGCAUUUUCCACUCUUCUAAUGUGGAUUUGGGAGCCUGGUUUUCCAUUUGGGCCAAGCCAAUCAGAUCCACAUACACAAUGGUGUGUUGUGUUUGUGUGGGGUUUUUUUUUAUAGAUCCACACUUUAGUGUAGUCAGGGAAUGCUUUUUUGUCCCUUAUGUUGUUCCCCCUAUCCCAUUCACUGUUUAAUAUCUAAAUUAAUCUGAAUGCUGCUAACAAAGUUUUUUGGGGUAUAACUCUGUGUUUUAACCCAUUACUUGUAGGAGAGUCUGCUUUUGUCUUUAUAGUUAGAUAUAUUAUAUGGAAAGAAUAAACUACCACUGUUGGAUGCAUUAAAACCAUUUAACUUAUUUUAGGUGGUACAAAUGGGGGGGGUGUCUGCACAGCUGCUAUACAGUAUUAGUGAAUGGAGAAAUCCUUUAGCAAUCUCAAGUAACAUUUUAAUGUUUGACUCUCAAUAAAUGUCUUUACUGAUCAUUAA